GAACGGCUUAAGUCUCCCUUCUUAGUUCCUACGCCGCCGGAGAUCGGCCGUCUCUCUCUUUCUCUCUACUGAAUUCAAGAACUGAGAUUUCUUCUGUAAUUCUGAUUCAACAACAGUAGUAACUCUAAUGCUUUUGCGGCGAGGUUUCAUUUUAUUAUCCUCGUUCGCUAGAGCGCCAUCCUUAUUAGCUCAUUACUCUACCGGUUACAGCCGCCGCCGCCGCCCCGUUUUCGGCUAUCCGCUUCCAAUUCAUGCCCGCAGACGAGUCUUCCUCUCGAUUAACCAAAUGGGUCGUCGUCUCAGCACGGAAACGGCAGCUCUUGUACAAGAACAACCAUAUUCAAAGAAGAAAUCCCGUCGCCAAACUCCAGAGGGGAUUCUCCGCCACAAAUUCGACAUGUGCUCAAAAAACGGCGACGUAGACGAAGCACUUCGUCUUUACGACGAUGCAAAGAAAAAUGGGAUUCCUUUAGUGCAACACCAUUAUAAUAUAUUGCUUUAUCUUUGUUCUUCAGUUUCGAAUGGAUCGUUUAACCCUGGUUUGGAACGAGGGUUUGAAAUUUUCAAGCAAAUGCGUGCAGACAAUAUUGAUCCGAACGAGGCUACUUUCACAAAUUUAGCUAGACUUUCCGCGGCUAAGGAAGAUCCAGAGAUGGCAUUCGAUUCAGUGAAGCAGAUGAAGAAUUGUGGGAUUCCACCAAAAUUGAGGUCAUACGGUCCAGCAUUGUUUGGGUUUUGUGGGAAAGGGAUGGCUGACAAGGCUUAUGAAGUAGAUGCAGACAUGGUUGAGUCCGGGGUUCUGGCUGAAGAGUCUGAGCUUUCAGCUCUUUUGAAGGUGAGUGCAGAAUCAAAGAGAGAGUUGAAAGUUUACGAAACUCUCCAUCGUUUGCGUGCUUCUGUAAGGCAGGUUACAGAAGAGACUUGUGUUAUUAUAGAGGAAUGGUUUAAAUCAGACAAGGCUAAAGAAGUUGGAGAAGCAAAUUGGGAUGUGAAUAAGGUUAAGGAAGGGAUAGUGAAAGGAGGAGGAGGCUGGCAUGGACAGGGUUGGUUAGGAAGUGGAGAAUGGAAGGUUGUGAGGACUCAUAUGAAUGAAUCUGGUGUUUGUCAAUCAUGUACAGAGAAGCUUGUUUCAAUUGAUAUUGAUCCUAAAGAGACUCAACAGUUUGCUGACUCAUUGGCCAAUUUGGCUUGCCAAAGAGAAACUAGAGCAGAUUUCUUGCGGUUCCAGGAGUGGCUUCAACGCUAUGGUCCAUUUGACGCGGUUGUGGAUGGUGCCAAUGUGGGCCUUAUCAAUGAACAAGAAUUUAACUUUUACCAGCUCAACACUGUUGUAGAUCGAUUGCGUCGAAUGAGUCCAUCAAAGAAACUGCCUCUUGUUAUUUUGCAUCAAAACCGUGUGAAUGGCGGUCCUGCUCGAAAUCCUCAGAACAAGAAACUCUUGGAUACAUGGAGAAAGUCUGGUGUGCUUUAUGCUACACCUCAUGGUUCCAACGAUGAUUGGUACUGGUUAUAUGCAGCUGUUAGUUGUAAAGGAUUGCUAGUGACAAAUGAUGAGAUGAGGGAUCACCUUUUCCAAUUGUUAGGAACUAGUUUCUUCCCAAGGUGGAAAGAAAAGCAUCAGGUUCGAUUAGUGGUAUCUAAGAGAGGGCUUAACUUCCACAUGCCACCCCCAUACUCUCUAGUGAUUCAGGAAUCGGGGCAAGGAAAUUGGCACGUACCAACUAUGGAUGGCGAUGACAUUGAGAGGCCAAGGCAGUGGGUUUGUAUAGGCAGGCAAAGCAGUAGCUUACAACACCAUUUGGUGGAGAAAAGGUGAGAUUGGUUCCUAUUUUUUGUGGUGGGUUUUAUUUAUUUGUCACAUUAUUAGCUCUCAUUUGGAGCUUCUUCUUCUGUAUUAGUAUAAUAUGAUUGAUUAUUCUUGUAACAUUUAUGAAUUUGGCAUUUUGCAUUAAAUAAAGAC